AUGCGGGCCUUCCUCACUAUUCUGUGCACAUUUUUGCUGCUGGGCACCAUUGCCUCGGCUUGGCCGUGGUCCAACUAUGGAGAAUUAUUGGGCAAUGGUUUGCUAGACAAACGUGCAGACUCCAAUACAACCACAUCCGCGUCAACAUCUGAGCAAACCACCACAGUCGCCUCGCAAACCUCCACCGGAUCCACUACCGAUACCAAGACCGCCAGUGACCAAACCACGGGUGGCACCAGCACAGGCACCAGCACGGGUACCACUACCGGCAAAAGCGAUACAAAGACCGCAAAAUCAACCACCACCUCGUCGAUCUCAAUCAACCCGGCAGAUGCAGAGGGCGGCAUCUCCUUGUUGACACCAGACUCCACCACCACAACAUACUACAAGAUCGGGGAGAAAAUCACCUUUGUCUGGAAUUACACCUCGCUUUCUGUGUCACCGACUGCUGUCGAUGUCGUCGCCUCUUGCAGUUUGGACAGUAUGACCUACACUGUGACCCGUAACAUGAGCAUGGAACCCACUGGCACUGCCAUUUGGGAUACUAGCAAGUACGAGGGGAACGCCACUGUCCCACUGCUGACGGCCAGCUACACGCUCUUCAUCUAUGAUGCAGACAAGUCCCUCAGUGACACUGCCAGUGCUGGCUACCUGGGAUCCAAUGUUGGUUAUGCUUUUGGAAUGUACUACACUCAAAGUCCUACUUCAUUGAACGGGUUCUUCUGCGUUACUUGUAACGGAGCCAUGUCUGAGAUGCAGCGUCAAGGCCUGAAAUUCGUCGUUGGCAUGGCCUUAAUCACAUUCCUCUCCUUUACCUGGUUUGCCGGUACAUUCGGUCUCUUCUCCCUCUAA